AUGACGGCGAGCCUGGCGAGCGCGUCGCAAGAAGAGCCACUAAUGGCUGCAAUGCCCGAACGAGUCGAAACGGAACCCGCGCCUCGGAUUAGCGACGCAAAUACCCCGCCUGCCGAUCACGCAGCCGCUAUCUCGCACCCUGUUUCGCCUCUUCCCCAGUAUAAUGUUCCGCUUCUCCCCCAAUACCUUCCGCCUCUCCCUCAAUAUGUUCCGCCUCAUCCCCAACAUUUUCCGCCUUCUGUUCCACCACAACCCGUGAUGGGAAUUCCCGUGGCGUCGCCGUGGCCUGCUCGUUGCGCCAAACCCGAAGAUAGCAACGUGGUACGGACAACGUUUAUUCUUCUCUGGCAGGGGUCAUGCACCUACUACUACGCCCAUCUUCCCCGCAUGCUGCGCCGUCCGCAGGUGAUCUCACAGGGGGAGGGCGGGGCGCUAGAGGUGCGCAUCCCCCCAAGGAAGUACUACCAGGACGGCACCUUCGCGUGGGUCCUCACCGCCUUCUUCGCGUUAUACACAGUGGCAGUUGCUAUGCUCCUGCCCUUCACUCUCUGCAUCCCUUUAAUAUUCGCCCUGUCUGCCGGCUUCGCCCAUGCAUGGAUGAGAGGCGCAACUCACACAGAGACCAUAAUCCUGUCACCCGAUUUCUUCACCGUCACCAUCACAUCCCUCGGCACGGACAAGCACAGGCAGGGCAGCACGCCAUGGGUGCGAGCCAUCAUGGUGCGCGACUUGGACUCCCCACAGCCGCUGCCACCCCCAACAGUGCAUAGCAUUGCUGCACAUGGUCCCUUCCCUCCUCCUCCUGCCCCUGCCAUGCACAGUCCAGAUGCUGCUGCCAGCCCAAGGGCGCUGGCAGGGUUUCAGCCAGAGCUGGUGUGUGCGAUUGUUGACGUGCAGCAGGAGUAUCAUUUUGGCAAUCUCCUGAAUAACGCAGAGAAGUACUGGGUGGUGGGCGAGCUGUCGUACCACUUGCAUACAAUGCGCAUGCACCCAGCGCAACUAAAUGUAUAG